UCUUCUUGAUAUUACUAUAGUAAUUAGUGCCUGUGAACAAUUUGCAAAACCUACCAGCGCAAUGAGCACGAAAGGAACAUCUGGUUGAGCAAAGCACUCACAUUUCUUUGUAAUCAACUCAUAAACGUGUAAAUUUACUAUAAAUGUCUAAGCUGAAAGACUAGAUUUAAUUAGACCACACUAUAUUUAGUAUUGCUGGGUAAAAAACCUGAUGCUAUGUAUUUAGAUAGCUUAAUUACGGAAAUACGGCUAGUUAACAACCUGGUAGUUGUAGUGAAAGUUUAAAGUGGUUAACGAAAAAAUUAGCAACAGUUUUUGAGCUGGCUCAGCAGACGCAAGCCUACCGUCAGCACUGACGAACCUGAUGAGAGGAAGGGCGCUUCCCAAUCUCUGCGAGCUCGCGAUGGCCCUGAAUGCCUAAACCGUUCAACACCACGAAGACGUCCCGAAAACUUAUUGCAACCAUGGGAACAUCUGCGGAUAAACGAGCUACCAUCGUUAUCAAGUGCACAGUUAUCAAAUGCGCUGUGGACUAAGGAGACCAGGCAAGUGUCGAUGACCCACAAAACCAACGGGCGACGUUAUGAGGACCUGUUAUAUUUUACCUACGCAAUUGUUGUACUCAAGCACGGUGCAGAACUGUUCGAACUUUUGGAGGGGCCCGUUGUUGACUACCUCACACAGGUUCGCAAAGAUGUUACUCAGCCUUCCGAAGACGAGUUUCUUGCUGUUUUAAGUGCGACGUGGAACAAUUUUAAAACAGGUUUAUCCCUCAUCAAACUUACUACGCUGUAUAUGGACAAAGUUUUUGUCGGACUUAAUGACUUGGACAGCACCGAAAAUUUGGGUAUUCGGAUUUUUCGAGAUACUAUCGUUUACCAUGAAGGCGUCCGUGAAAGAGUGCGAUUGGGUAUGUUGGAUAACCAACGACGAGUCGCGGUCGAUACCGUUGCUCUGCGCAGUGUCUACGAAAUGCUGAUCGAUCUCGGCAAAGGAACUGUUGACGUUUACCAGGAAAUUUGCGAACACCCUUUUUUAGCGCAUUAUGCCCACCUUUUGGGCAAAGUUAAACACUACUUGAUGCAAAGCCAAAUCACGGACAUUCUGCAGUCACCCGAUCAGGUUUCACUCACCAACGUCCAGACUGCGUCACAGGAGAUUGUCCUAUUCGGCAGUACGUGCCGCUAUAGCUACAACAACAGCGGUUAUCGGGGAGCGGGUACAUUUGGCGCAGUGUUUGCAGCAACUGCAACCAUCGGCGCAUCAGAAACACGUGUCGCUGUGAAAGUCAUGCCGAUGCAUAACGAUGCAGACCUGGUUAAUAACACUGAAAAGUGGAAUACCUGGUGCCGACGGCUCCAAACAGUCUUGGAACUUGUCCACCCCCAUGUUAUAAAAUACCACGCGGUCAACGUAAUCACGGCUAGCUGUGGUGCACGCAUUGAAAUUGUGAUGGAUUACUGUGCUGGGGAUCUUUCACUUUUAUUAUCGCGGCAUUAUCUUGCUGUGAGGAAGGAUAUGCUGUUGGACAAUCCAACAGCCGUGCGUUAUGCAACGGAAAUCGCUGACGGAUUGAACUUUCUGCAUUUCAAUAAACUCAUACAUGGAGAUUUGAAGCCUGCAAACAUCCUGGUACGGUCCAGCGGGAGAAAAUGCGAGAUGCUGAUUGGUGAUCUGGAUGACAGUGUGCAAUUACGACGCUUCAUGACUUUUUCUGACGAACUGUCUCAUGUUCGCGGUACUGUCCGCUACAUGGCUCCGGAGAUUCUUAAGAAAUUUAUCGCACAAAAAGCAAGCGAAUCCCCGGGACGCAAGUCUGACAUUUGGAGCUACGGCUGCGUGAUACUGGAUUUGGCAAAUUGUGUUGCGAAGGUAGAGAAGAAGAGGCUAUACAAAGAGUCUCAAAUAAUCGAAGCCGGAAAAGAAGUAUCAGACUUUCAGUUUAUUCAGCUGAUUGUCGAAGACGGCUUUGUUCCGUACCUUGAUGGUUCUAUUCCGGAAACUCUGCAUGAAUGCAUUCGGCGCUGCUUAGUCAGCGUAAAAGAUGCUAGAAGUUCAGCUGCCGAAAUACUGGAAUUCUUGAAGGAUGCAGAGCGUGCUGUGCAGCCGUCCUGUGGCCAGAUUUUGUAAAAAACAGUAAACGUCGCUUGAAGUUUGGCAUUGAGAUAUUAACCCAUGAUGGCAGAGAAUAUGAUAGGUUCUUCAUAAAGAGAAACCUUGGCUAUGGCUAUGGUCAAUAUUCAGUUAGGCAUUUUCCAUAUUAUCCGGCUUGAGCUUGUCAUCCUAGAAA